UAAGGACCUCUCUGGUGGUGGUGGUCCUGUUGGGGUUCUGCUUCCCGGCGCUGUUAAUGUCGUCAUCACCUUCAGGCAGCGACAUGUAUCUGGUACACCCGACUUCAUCCCUUCAAAAGCGUUCCCCCCCACGCCCGCCCUCCACACUCCCGCAGCAGAAGGAGGAGGAAGAGGAGGCACCACACACCGCCCAAGACCUGAGGGCAAGAGGGAAAACCAACAGUAGCUCUCACAUUACCGUAAAUAGCUCACUUUUGUCCACACUUCAGCGAGUACAGGAUGACAAGUCACAGUCUGUCAAGGUACAAUCAAGUGGUGAGGGUUCGAAUCCCGACGGUCAUCAAAGAGUGAACAACGGGAGCUUAAAGUACUUCAUCGAUGACUAUAAAGAGAUGCUGGGGAUUGGUCAAGAGGAGAGACGGGCAGUGUGGUGGGUGAGGCAGCAGCUGCACCCUCCCUCCACCUCCACCUAUCAUCUCACAGGUGUCCUCAACGCUAUGGAUGACAGGUAUCUGAGCGCCUCACAGGAGUUCAUCGGUGAGCAAGUACAGAAGCUCUUUAAUAAGUCGCUGAGUUCAGGAGGAGACGGGAGGUUCGCGGAAGCAGGGGCUUACGACGGGGAGUUCCUCUCUAACACACUGUGGCUGGAGAUGGAGAACAAAUGGGGUGGGGUGCUGGUCGAGCCUAACCCAGAGUCCUUCGCCAGGCUACUGAAGAAGGGCAGGAAGUCAUGGGCCAUCAAUUCCUGCCUCAGCACCACGCCUUACAUAUCCACGAUGGCCAUCAACCUACACGUGAUGGCAGAUAACGUGACGCAGGACAUCGCAGCUGACUUCUGGCGCUCCUCGUCCCGGGCCCGCCACAUGACACCCACCAAGGAGGACCACAAGGCGGUACAGGCAGAAGUGGUGUGUGUGCCGUUGUACACUAUCCUGGUCGCCACGGGACUCACCUCCUUGGACUUUCUUUCCCUCGACGUGGAGUUUGUGGAGAUGGGCGUGUUGGCCUCCCUGCCCUGGGACAAGGUCGACAUCAAGGUGCUGGCCAUCGAGCAUCUGACGGAGGAGGACCUGGAGGCGUUCCUGAGGGCUCGCGGGUACUUCCUGGUGGCCCAUCAGAACGAGGACUGGGUGUUCGCAAGCAACAAGCACUUCGACCUACACGGGGUCCCAAUCACAUAA